AGCGUCCCCGGGCCAGUAAGAUUGUUUCAUCAAUGAAACGCGAUCUACAAUAUUACUAAUGCCGAACGUUGCCCAGAGGUGAAGAUCUUAUGUGCGAGAAUAUAAAAAGCAGAAUGGGGGGCAACUGGGAAAGAUGAUGGCCGCCCGCCCAGUCAUCCCACUGCCGCAUCAACACAGAUCGCCCAGAACAUUGGCACGCUACUUGGCUGGCCUCGCGUGCAUUCUUUUUUGCCUCUUGGUAUGGAGAAUGUACAAGGGCAUGGCCAUCCUAUCUGUUGCCGUCAUCCUGUGCUUUUUUUCUGCUUUCGACCUACAGCUGGCAAGAGCUGGACAGGAUCAAAUGUCGUGCUCAAGAUGGAGGCGAGAAAAAAGUCCAAUAUUUUUUAUUAGUUAUUUUUCUUGUCCUUGUCCCUAUUUUUUUCAGCUCCGCUGAGUUUGUCGACAAGACCCCCGAAAAGUCUUAGCUCGGGCUGGAGCUGCCGAAGCUGGCAAUGCGAUGCUGGAGCUUGGGGGUCGCGUAGCGCGGGGGGUAUGGUGUGCAUCCUUUUGUCCCCCCCUGGUUCGUCUUGGUGCGUAUUCCUGGGCGUCUUUCACUUUGAUCUUAUUUUUUUAAUUUUUUUUUUUUUUUAAAAAAAAGGACAAGUGCAAUUUAAGCACACCCCCAAAGGGACCACUGGGUUUUUAGCAAGCAUUGUAUCGCCUCUCAUCUUACAACAAACACCAUUGUCAUUUUGUUGCUUGCUUGGUGUUCGUCUUUACAAGCUACUGUCUAUCUAUUCAUUUGCCUUGCACAGCAGGAGUCUAGGUAGAUAUACACACUUUUGGUCGAAAAGGCCACAAGCACGAGGAAAAUGGGAGUCGGGCGGACCGCUGCCCGAGUGGUCGGUAUAGAUGUCGACCGGUACAGCAAGGAGAAACGCACUGCUGUUCCAGGAAACCCAGUUGGAGUAUCUCACUAUGUCGAGGCGGAACCUACAGCCAAAGAAGCCCUCGAGCAGCUGGUCCCCACGGCGGCUGGCGUGAAGCGCUACUUUCGCUCAUUGUUUCCCUUUUGGAGCUGGAUCUUCCACUAUAACCUCACCUGGCUGAGCGGUGACCUGAUUGCUGGCAUCACGGUUGGUUUUGUGGUUGUCCCUCAGGGCAUGGCAUACGCCCUACUGGCUCAGCUACCUCCCGAAUUCGGCCUCUACACCUCUUUUGUGGGCUUCCUGUUGUACUGGGCUUUUGCGACAAGCAAAGACAUUACCAUUGGCACGGUGGCUGUCAUGUCAACCAUUGUCGGCAACGUUGUCAUCCGGGUGCAGUCGACGGAGCCUGAUAUACCAGCGGAGCAGAUCGCAAGAUGCCUAGCCCUCCUAUCGGGGGUUGUACUGUUAUUUUUGGGUCUCGUCCGUUUUGGGUUCAUCGUCGAGUUUAUUUCGCUCACGGCUAUCGCCUCCUUCAUGACCGGUGCCGCCAUUAGUAUUGCUGCUGGUCAGGUGCCUACAAUGAUGGGCAUCAGUGGCGUCAGCAGCCGCGAUCCGACAUACUUGGUCAUCAUCAACACUCUAAAGGGGCUGCCUCGGACUAAAUUGGAUGCCGCAAUGGGCAUUUCGGCAUUGGCCAUGCUUUACUCGAUCCGCUCAUUCUGCAACUUUAUGGCAAGGAGGCAGCCUCGGAGACAGAAGAUGUGGUUCUUUAUUGCCACCCUGCGCAUGGCUUUUGUGAUUCUUCUAUACAUUCUGAUCAGUUACCUUGUCAACCGGAAUGUGACCAAGGCCUCCGAUGCCAGGUUCAGGAUCCUUGGUACUGUUCCUAGCGGAUUUCAACAUGUUGGCACGCCAGUCAUGACUUCAAAGGUCCUUAAUGCAGUUGCACCAGAUCUGCCCGUCACAAUCAUCGUGCUGAUCAUCGAGCACAUCGCCAUCUCCAAAUCGUUCGGACGCAUCAACAACUACAUUAUUGACCCUUCGCAGGAGCUUGUUGCCAUAGGAUUCUCCAAUGUCUUUGGUCCGUUUCUCGGCGGAUACCCGGCCACUGGUUCAUUCUCUCGAACUGCCAUCAAAGCUAAAGCUGGAGUCAGGACGCCGCUGGCUGGUAUCUUCACGGCAGCUAUCGUGCUACUUGCCCUCUACGUGCUGACAUCGGUCUUCUUUUACAUCCCGUCGGCCAGCUUGGCAGCCCUAAUCAUCCACGCAGUUGGUGAUUUGAUCACCCCGCCCAACACUGUUUACCAAUUCUGGAUGACGUCUCCAAUCGAGGUGGUGGUGUUCUUUGCCGGUGUUCUCCUGACUAUUUUUACAAAUAUCGAGAACGGAAUCUACCUCAACAUGGCUGCAUCGGCUGCACUGCUGCUGUUCCGCAUCGCUCGAUCACCGGGCCGCUUUAUGGGCCACACCAGGAUCUACAUGACCACUAGCGCCGCUGGGGCUUCUGCUUCCGAGCUGGAGGCAUCCGGCACUGGUCGGGAUGCCUACCUGGACGAGGAAAGGCGAGACAACUCGAACCCAGACCUGCCAAUCCGCCAGGUCCACCCCGGCAUCUUCGUGUACCGCUUCCCAGACGGGUUCAACUACACCAACUCUGCCGCGCACCUCGACUUCAUAACCAUGUACGUCUACAAAAAGACGCGCCGGACCGUGCUUGACAACAAUGCCAAGCUCGGCGACCGGCCGUGGAACGACCCCGGUCCCCGGCGCGGGCAGGUCGUGACGGACGACAUGGCCAACCGGCCCAUCCUGCGCGCCAUGGUCCUCGACUUCAGCUCCAUCAACUACGCCGACGUCACCUCGGUCCAGGCCCUCAUCGACCUGCGCAACCAGUUCGCAAAGCACGCCGCCCCGUCCCCCGUCGAGUGGCACUUUGCCGGCGUCACCAACCGCUGGACGAAGCGCGCCCUGGUGGCGGCCGGCUUUGGGUUCGCCGACACCGCCGCCGAGGCCGACCACUCGGCGUCCUCCCCUCCUCGCGACAAGGACUACGAAUCCGAGAGCGGAAGCCGCGUCUCGGGCUCCCCCAACACGCCCUGGGCACCGCUCUUUAGCGUGUCGGUGGUCGACGGGUCCGGGAACGUCGAACAGCGGCCCGAGGAUGGGUCUCGGGAGGAAAUUGAUGCCGAGAAGGGCAACGGAACUGCGACGGAUGGGAAUGGAUCGGGAGCGGGUGAUUCUUCGGGAGCUCGUCGCCUGGUGCCUGUGUAUGGCUUGAACAGACCGUUUUUCCAUGUCGACGUCGCGGAGGCGGUGCAGAGUGCGCUUUCGAGCAUUGAGAGCAAUACUUGA